AUGGAACCAAUCCAAAAUAAGAAAGCUCGCAAGGCAACGUUUGAGGGUAGGAAAAAGAGCAUAAUGAAGAAAGCUUACGAGCUUUCUACUCUCUGUGGAGUUGAAGUCUGCAUCAUAAUCUAUGGCCCUAACAAUAAUGAAGGCCAAGUUCCCGCUCAGACAUGGCCUCAAGAUCCCCAAGACGUCAUCAGAAUCAUCCACAAGUACAACAAGGCCAGGAUCGCCAGCCGCCAGCCACCGAAGAAGUACGAUCUGCAAGAUUUCUUCAGAGAUAGAAGGAACAAAGUUGAAGCUGAGAGAGCAAAAGUUGACAAAGAGACUCUCAGGAACUUGUCCUCUCACCAACAAAACUUGAAUUCACCAAGAGAUGAUGAAUUGAGAAUGUUUGUGGCUGAGCUCGAUGCUAGGAUUGAGGAAUGUGACAGAAGAAUCAACAUGUUGAAAAUGAUGAAACCAGAUCAUCAUCAGAAUAAUAAUAACCCCAGAAUAACAAACCAAAACCUUUUUAAUGUGUUUCCUCCUACUAUGAAGUCUGCAAUUUUUUACCCUUAUUAUUCUCCUGUAUCUCAGAAUAUUCUUCAUAUGCAGAUAAAUAGUGGGCCAAGAAGAACCAAUUUGAGAAUGAGGGAAAAAGUUCCGUGA